AUGCUCAAAGUCACAACCACGACCACCCGUCUCUCCAAUCCAGAGAAGAAGACUCCCGACCUCUUCCCCUUCCUCCUCCUCGCCUUACUCUGCUCCGCCUCCUACCUCCUCGCCGCCUUUCAGCGCACCUCCGGCGGCGGCGCCGCCCCUUUCUCCUCCUCCUCUGUCUCCUCCAACACCACCACCAAUACCACCAUCUCCACCUCCGCCGCCGGUGGCGGCCGCCACUUCCCUGUUUGCGACGCAAUGUACACCGACUACACCCCCUGCCACGACCACAGCCGAUCGUUGAGAUUCCCGCGCGCGCGGCACGCCCACAUGGAGCGGCACUGCCCGGCGAAGAACGAGCUCCUUCGAUGCCUGGUGCCGCCGCCGGCGGGGUACCGGCGGCCGCUGCCGUGGCCGGAGAGCCGGGACGCGGCGUGGUUCGCGAACGUGCCGUACAAGAAGUUGGUGGCGGAGAAGGGGAACCAGAGCUGGGUCCGCGUGGAGGGCGACCGCUUCCGGUUCCCCGGCGGCGGGACGACGUUUCCUCGGGGAGCGGACUCAUAUAUCAAGGAGAUCGGACGGCUGAUUCCUCUCCAUGAUGGGUCCAUCAGGACUGCGCUGGACACGGGAUGCGGGGUAGCUAGCUGGGGAGCUUACCUUCUAUCUCAGAACAUCCUUACCAUGUCCUUUGCACCAAGGGACAGUCACAAGGCUCAGGUCCAACUCGCCCUCGAGCGCGGCCUCCCUGCAAUGCUCGGCAUCUUCGCCGCCGAUCGCCUCCCUUACCCCUCGAGGGCCUUCGACAUGGCCCAUUGCUCUCGCUGCCUCAUUCCAUGGCACCUCUAUGAUGGGCUCUACCUGAUGGAGAUCGACCGAAUCCUUCGACCUGGGGGGUACUGGAUUCUAUCAGGCCCUCCAAUCAAUUGGAAGCAACACUGGAAAGGCUGGCACAUGAAACAGAAAGAUCUAAGUGCUUUGCAAUCCACCAUCGAAGCCAUCGCAAGGAGCCUCUGCUGGAAGAAGCUGAAGGAGAAGGAAGACAUUGCGAUCUGGCAGAAGCCUGCUAACCAUAUCGGAUGCAAUGCAUCCCGAAAGGCCUCCCUGAUGCCAGGGUUCUGCUCAGCUCAAGAACCAGAUGCUGCAUGGUACACAAAAAUGGGAGCUUGCAUCACUCCCCUACCUAAGGUGGCAGGAAUGCAAGAGAAAGCAGGAGGAGAACUGGAGAAAUGGCCCAAGAGACUAAUGGCAGUGCCACCAAGGAUCAGUAGUGGAAGCAUCAGUGGUGUUACACCCCAGAUGUUCUUGCAGGAUACUGAGCUGUGGAAGAGGAGAGUCAGGUACUGCAAGGCAGCAAGUACAGAAUUAACGCAGAAAGGGACGCAUCGCAAUCUACUCGACAUGAAUUCAGGGCUUGGAGGAUUUGCAGCUGCCAUGAUUGAUGACCCAGUGUGGGUCAUGAACAUUGUUCCGACUGUUGCUAAGAUUGACACCCUUGGAGUCAUCUAUGAGCGUGGAUUAAUUGGAACAUAUCACGAUUGGUGUGAAGCUAUGUCUACUUAUCCCAGGACCUAUGAUCUCCUUCAUGCUGACUCCGUGUUCACCCUUUACAAAGACAGAUGUGAGAUGGAGGAUAUUUUGUUGGAGAUGGACAGGAUCUUAAGGCCAGAAGGCACGGUGAUCUUUAGAGAUGAUGUGGAUAUUCUGGUCAGGAUCAAGAGCAUUACAGAUGGCAUGAGUUGGAAUAGUCGAAUUGUGGACCAUGAAGACGGCCCGCUGCAAAGGGAGAAGCUUUUGAUUGCUGUGAAGGCAAAUUGGUCAAUCUCUAACCAAACCCAAUGA